CAAUCUGAUUGGUUCGCUAUCUCGGACAAUGACGUUAUAUUCACCGCGCUAGGCGGUGAAUAUAAAGCAGAACAAAUUCGCUGUCGUGAACUGGGUGUUUUGCCAAACUUUCAUAGUAAGAACUUUUUGAAAAUACGAGAAUAUCCAAGUGUUGCUGACUUUGAAGGUAAGAAAAGACUUGAUGAUGUUUAAACAGCGUCAUUUAUUGUGAAGUGGUUUGACUUUUUGUACGCUCGAAGCUAUGUUUACCACUACAGAGGAAAACGAGGUCGCUUUGUCACUGUUUUGGGAUUUUGGAAUUUAAUUUAUGGAGAAAAAAGGAAGGCAAAUAUUUUCGAAAAUUGUUCGUGCCAGCAAGUUAACAAGGCAAAGAACACUGCAGACAAACAAUGCUCAUGUGACUGCACCGCGCUCUCGGGUCAAUACUUUACGCAUUUGUACAUUUAUAUCACCUUGGUAGCGGUAGCCAUGGACAGCUCUAAUUCGAGAUUGUCAGUAUGGCAAAGAAAAAGCGGGUAGCGGGAAACGAAAGUGGCCACAUAGCACUUGAACUGCCCUGAGAGAUGAUGAAGCACGUAUUUUUUCUUUAAGUAUUGGUUAUUGCCUUUUAGUAACACUAAGUUUUGUUUAUUUCAAUUCAGGAAAAACCUGCAGUGAAAUAAAACUAUACAGUCCUCAAGCCACAAGUGGCUCUUAUGUUAUCGAUCCAGAUGGAGAUGGCGGCUACCCACCCUUCACUGUUUACUGUGACAUGACAGACAAAAACGGAGUUGGCGUGUCAGUCGUCAGUCACGACAGUGAGUCUAGGACACUGGUUAACGACUAUGGUGCUUCUGGGAGCUACGUACGUAACGUUCAUUACAUAGGAGCAAGAAUAGCUAGUGUUCCACAAGUGGCUGGCCUUCUUGACCAUGUUGAUAUCUAUUUGUAA